AUGACGGAACAAAGAAAACACACAAAGAAACACAACCGAUCGGACGAAACAAGUACUAGUGCGGUGCAAGAACCAUUCAGUUUACCACAACACUUUGAAGUCUUUCAGGCGUGCGAAAAAUGCAACAAAGUGAUUGACAAUAACAUCCUUUUUUUUCAGGCAAAGUCAAGUGACUAUGUUGAUUUUGGACUGGAAGGACCACCAAAAGUGAUGGAGGAUAUUGUUCUCUUUGAUACUAGAAAGGGAGAAGCAGACGAUAUGUUUGACGAAAGAAUUGCGGUCAUGUAUCAACAACAAAAGGAAGAGGCAAUAGUGAGGAAUGACAACGUUCGAACGAUCACACCAGAUAUCAGAGACAAGGCAGUCGAAAUGAUCUCCAGGUUUUGCGAUGUGGAACACACAUUUGUACUUCCACAAGCAGUUGCACUAUUUGAUAGGUUUGCACUCACCCAUCCAACGUUUUCACUCUCAAAUGUCAUGCAAUUGGCACAGACGGUGUUCGCACUUGUCGUGAAAAUGGACCACAACUGUGAACCAUAUUACAUCGAGUUCAGAACAACUUACACAAAGAAGGAGAUCGAGAUGUUUGAGAACAACUUUCUGAAGGAAGUCAGGUUCAAAGUGGCAUAUAUCACCUGCCACGAGUUUGUGAUGGAAUUUAUGAAAAUUUUCCCUAUAACAACCCUCGACUAUGGGAAGAUUAUUACACAAAUACACUUUUAUAUGCGAUGCGUGUGUUGUUGCUACCGAUUCAUGUAUGUUGUGCCAUCCGUCAUGGCAAAGGCUCUCAUCAUCGCUUUUUUUACGCUCAGAGAAUCAAAGAGUAACCUCAUUCUUAUCGUUGAUGGAAUUUCAGCACUUGGAGAUCAAACAGAGAAACACGACGUUCUUGCACUUGUCAAGAUUAUGCUUAACAUGUUUCCACAGUGGGCUAAGCUCGACCAAACUUCCAUUUUUAUUGUUUGA